UGUGGUGGUUAGCCCAUCUCUCCAGGGCUGCUGUCUCAGCCCCAGCCUCUCCGAACCCCUCAGAAGUUGUCUGACGGCACAGCCCUCCCAGCGUGGAAGCCCAGGCUGACAGAAUCCAUCCCGAGAAAGGCAGAAAGGCGGAGGUGCGCCUAGAGAGGCUGGCUCUGCUGCGGGGAGGAGGAGAGGGAGCCGAGCGAAGGGCUUUCCGGAGGAGGUCGGGGGAGUCCCAGCUGGUGGGGAGCUUCCUGGAAGCAGCGCCAGACUCCUCCGCCUCAGCCUGGGGCUCUUGACCCUCUGCAGGAGGGAGGGGAUGGGAGCCAGGCUCUCUGGGGCUGAGGCACAGGAACCCCAGGAAGGGGAGAGAAAGAGAACAGGAGCCUGAUCUUCCUCUUCCCUCGCCUGACUGGCCUUCCCUAAGGGUCCCUAGAGCUCUGCGCCCCCCUCCCCCAGACCCCCUACCCCCGGGCCGGCCAGAAGGCAGUCCAGGUGACAACAUGACUCGUCUGAGCUGGUGCUUCACCUGCAUGAUCCGCUGGGGCAAGUAUUUGUUCUCCUGCCUUCUGCCCCUCCGAUUCUGUCUGCGAAAGGAGCCUGAAGACCUGGAGGCACCCACCACCCACACCUUCAAAGUAAAGACCUUCAAAAAGGUGAAGCCCUGUGGCAUCUGCCGACAGGUGAUCACUCGAGAGGGGAGCGUCUGCAAAGUCUGCAGCUUCUCCUGUCAUCGGAAAUGCGAGGCCAAGGUGGCUGCCCCCUGCAUUCCUCCUUCUAGCCAUGAACUGGUGCCCAUUAAGACUGAGAGUCCACCAAAGAAUGUAGUAGACACGGAGGAAGGAGCCUUCCGAGGUGGAAGUAUACCCAAGAGCCUCGAGCAAGAAGGCUCUACUAAAAUCACCAAGAGCCCGCAGCCCCGGCCCCAGCCUAUCAGGAAUAUGAGCAUUAGCCAGACCAUGGAGGACAGCUGUGAACUGGACCUUGUGUAUGUGACAGAGAGAAUCAUCUCUGUCUCCUUCUCCAGCACCACUGAUGAGGAGAACUUCCGAAACAACAUCCGGGAGGUGGCCCAAAUGCUCAAGUCCAAACAUGGGGGCAAUUACCUGCUCUUCAACCUGUCUGAGCGGAGGCAUGACAUCACGAAGCUCCAUUCCAAGGUGCUGGACUUUGGCUGGCCUGACCUGCACACUCCUGCCCUGGAGAAGAUCUGUAGUGUCUGCAAGGCCAUGGACACGUGGCUCAAUGCCAACCCUCACAACGUCGUGGUCCUCCACAACAAGGGAAACCGAGGCAGAACGGGAGUUGUCAUUGCUGCUUACAUGCACUACAGCAAUAUUUCUGCCAGCGCAGACCAGGCCCUGGAUCGAUUUGCCAUGAAGCGAUUCUACGAGGACAAAGUGGCUCCGGUGGGGCAGCCAAGCCAAAAGAGGUACGUCCAUUACUUCAGUGGGCUGCUCUCGGGCUCCAUCAAAAUGAACAAUAAGCCUUUGUUCCUGCACCACGUCAUCAUGCACGGCAUUCCUAACUUUGAAUCUAAAGGAGGUUGUCGACCCUUUCUCAGGAUCUACCAGGCCAUGCAACCUGUCUACACUUCUGGCAUCUACAAUGUCCAAGGAGAUAGCCAGACCAGCAUCUGUAUCACCAUUGAGCCUGGAUUGCUCCUGAAGGGAGACAUCUUGCUGAAAUGCUAUCACAAAAAGUUCCGAAGCCCAGCCCGGGAUGUCAUCUUUCGAGUUCAGUUUCAUACCUGUGCCAUCCAUGACUUGGGAGUCGUCUUUGGGAAGGAGGACCUGGAUGAUGCCUUCAAAGAUGAUCGGUUUCCAGAGUAUGGCAAAGUAGAGUUUGUAUUUUCUUAUGGCCCUGAAAAAAUUCAAGGAAUGGAACAUCUGGAGAAUGGGCCGAGUGUGUCUGUGGACUACAACACUUCUGACCCUCUUAUCCGCUGGGACUCUUACGAUAAUUUCAACAUGCACCGUGAGGAUAGCAUGGAAGAGGUGGUGGGGCACACCCAAGGGCCCCUGGAUGGGAGUCUCUACGCCAAAGUGAAGAAGAAGGACUCCUUGCACGGCAGCACAGGCGCGGUCAACGCCAUCCGCCCAACUCUCUCCGCCACCCCCAACCACGUGGAACACACUCUGUCGGUGAGCAGCGAUUCAGGGAAUUCGACUGCUUCCACCAAGACUGACAAGACCGAUGAGGCGGCGGGUCCUCCUAACGCUCCUCUGUCCCUGAGCCCCGAGGAGAAGCGUGAGCUGGAGAGGCUGCUCAGUGGCUUUGGCUUAGACCGGGAGAAGCAAGGGCCCAUGUACCACGCCCGGCACCCUACGUCCCGCCAACACGGGGGACCCGCUGCCCCCUCGUCUGGGCGCCAUGUUGUCCCCGCCCAGGUCCACGUCAAUGGUGGGGCGAUCCCUUCUGAGAGGGAGACAGACAUCCUGGAUGAUGAGCUCCCCAACCAGGAUGGGCACAGUGUAGGCAGCUUGGGCACUCUGUCAUCCCUGGAUGGCAUCACCAACACCAGCGAGGGCGGCUACCCCGAGGCUGUGUCUCCACUGACCAAUGGCCUGGACAAGCCAUACCCAGCAGAGCCGAUGGUUAAUGGCAGCAGCUACCCCUAUGAGACCCCAACCCGAGCUCCCCUCACUCAGACAGUCCGUGGGGCCCCCAUGCGACCCUCGUUCUCAGCCCAGGAGGGCCUCUCUGGGUACCAGCGGGAGGGCCCACACAUGGGAUGGCAGCAGUCGUUGACCAACCCCCACUACGGUUACGAUGCCAAUGGGAUGUUCCGCUCUCAGUCCUUUCCAGAAACUGAGCCUCAGUUGCCCCAAGCGCCAGCUCGUGGUGGGAGUAGUCGAGAAGCAGUGCAACGGGGUCUGAAUUGUUGGCAGCAGCAACAGCAGCAGCAGCAGCAGCAACCUUGCCCACCUCCACGCCAACAAGAGAGAGCUCGUCUAGAGAGCCACACACCCAUCGGGCCCAGCCCCCAGCCUUCUGUGGAGACUUCCACCUCUGGUCUCCCCGAGUUCCCCAGGGCAGCCUCCCAGAAGGAGAUCGAGCAGUCUAUCGAAGCGCUCAACAUGCUAAUGCUUGACCUAGACCCUGCCUCAUCUGCCUCCCCCUUGCACAAGUCACAGAGUGUCCCUGGGGCCUGGCCAGGGGCUUCUCCUCUUGCCUCCCAGCCUCCCCCUGGUCUCUCCCAUCAGUCCCAGCCUCUGGCGCAGUCAAGAUCUGGCUACAUCCCAAGGGGACAUCACCUAGGAACAGCUGAACCAGCUCCCCAAAUCUCCCCAGAUUCUGCUUCUCCUGGGAGGUCUUACUCUCCUUAUGAAUACCAGACAUCUUCAGCUGUACCCAGCCAGAAUUACCAGCCCAGAAGUCCAGUCUCUUCUACUUCUGCUGCUUUCUUGGCUUCCUCCAGCCCUCCAGGACCUCGUCAACCUCCAGCAACUCUCCCUGGCCUCACAACUCAACCUCAGCUCCCUCCAAAGGAGACUGGUUCAGAUCCAUCCCGGACCCCUGAGGAAGAGCCCUUGAAUCUAGAGGGGCUGGUGGCCCACAGGGUGGCAGCCUACAAUGCCAAACUCCAGGGUAUCAAGAAGAGUGUCAAAUCCAUGCAUUCUCCUCUCCACCGGCAGAGAUCUUCCUCCCUCUCUGGGGUACAAGCUCGGGAAAAGCAGACCACAGAGCCCCCACCCCCACUCCGGAAACGAGCGGCCAGUGAUGGGCAGUAUGAGAACCAUUCUCCAGAGCCCACCUCCCCUCGGAGUCCUGGGGUACGGUCACCAGUCCAGUGUGUUUCCCCAGAGCUGGCCCUCACCAUUGCCCUCAAUCCAGGAGGACGGCCCAAAGAGCCCCAUCUGCAUAGCUACAAAGAGGCUUUUGAAGAAAUGGAAGGGGCUGCCCCGGCCAGCCCACCUCCCAGCGGUGGUGAGAACUCUCCCCCAACCCCUGACUUCCCUGUGUCGCCUCAAACCCCUUAUGUCAACCUUAGCUUGUUGCGCUCCCCUCCAGGUCUUGCCAAGACACCCCUUUCUGCCCUGGGACUGAAACCCCACAAUCCAGCGGACAUCCUGCUCCAUCCCACAGGAGAGGAAGAUGAGGAGAAGGUGGUAACUGAGUUUUUUGAAGAGCCCAGGAGCUAUGUUGAGUCUGUGGCUCGAACAGCAGUGGCUGGACCCCGAACCCAGGAUGCUGAGCCCAAGAGCCCAACUCUCCUGACUAUCCAGACUUAUGGUUCUGAGACACCCCUGAGGAAUGGAACUCUGGGCAACUCCUUUGCUCCACCCAGUCCCAUUUCAACCAGCAGUCCUCUCCUUGGCACAGACAGCACAUCUGUGGGGAGUUUCCCAUCAGCAGAAAGCAGUGGCUUGGGCCCCAGGACCCCCACCCAGCCUGUGGCCGAUGGGAGCUUCCACUCUGGCAGCCUAGGGCAGCCUUCGUCUUCCGCCCAGAGCAGCUACCAGAACAGCUCCCCGACCGUACCAGCCGCCAACGGAGGCCAUCGAAGUCCCGACUACUAUUCUCCGGACAGCCGGGCUCAGGCCCAGUUCUCUGUGGCUGGGGUUCACGCCUUGCCUGGGAGCCCUCAGACUCUCCACCGGACGGUGGGGACCAACACUCCUCCGAGUCCGGGCUUUGGGCGGCGGGGGGUCAACCCCGGCAUGGCGGCCUCUUCCCUUGGUAGCCCAGGUCUGAGCCGCCGCCAGGUCCCAGGGCCCCACGGGAAUACCGUCGCAGGCCUCCAUGGCAAUGCCAUCGCUGGCCCCCAGAGCAAUGUGGCUGCCUCCCCCGGGAGCCCCGGCCUGGGCCGUCACCCCAUCGGCGCCGUCCACAGCAAUUCAGUCACCACUCCAGGAAGUCCCAGCCUGAGCCGCCACGUAGCAGGCCUCGGAGGGGCCGGCCCAGGGGUCCCAGGCAGCCCCAGCAUGGACAGGCACGCAGCCUACGGCGGCUAUUCCACGCCAGAGGACAGGAGGCCUACGCUGUCCCGACAAAGCAGCGCCUCGGGCUACCAGGCUCCCUCCACGCCCUCCUUCCCAGUAUCCCCAGCCUACUAUCCCGGUCUGAGCAGUCCCACCUCCUCGUCCCCUGACUCCGCGGCUUUCCGGCAAGGGAGCCCUACGCCCGCCUUGCCAGAGAAGCGCAGAAUGUCGGCCGGGGAUCGGGCGGGUAGCCUUCCCAACUACGCCACCGUCAACGGAAAAGUGUCGUCAUCGCCCAUCUCCAGCGGCAUGUCCAGUCCCAGCGGCGGCAGCAUGGUCUCCUUCUCCCACACCCUACCUGACUUUUCCAAGUUCUCCAUGCCAGACAACAGUCCUGAGACCCGGGCUAAUGUUAAAUUUGUCCAGGACACAUCCAAGUAUUGGUACAAACCAGAGAUCUCCAGGGAGCAGGCCAUCACAUUACUUAAGGACAGGGAGCCAGGAGCCUUCAUCAUUCGGGAUAGCCACUCUUUUCGAGGAGCAUACGGCUUGGCCAUGAAAGUGGCAUCUCCUCCUCCCACAAUACUUCAGCAGAGUAAGAAAGGAGACAUGACCAAUGAGCUGGUCAGGCAUUUUCUGAUUGAGACCGGCCCCAGAGGGGUGAAGCUAAAAGGAUGUCCGAAUGAGCCCAACUUUGGAUGUCUUUCUGCACUGGUCUACCAACAUUCUAUCAUCCCAUUGGCUCUCCCCUGCAAGCUGGUCAUUCCAAACCGAGAUCCAAGUGAUGAGACAAAAGAUAGUUCAUCUGCUAACUCCACCACAGAUCUACUGAAACAAGGGGCAGCCUGCAAUGUGCUUUUUGUCAACUCUGUGGACAUGGAGUCCCUCACAGGGCCCCAGGCCAUUUCUAAAGCCACAUCUGAGACACUGGCUGCAGACCCCACACCAGCUGCCACUAUUGUCCACUUCAAGGUCUCCGCCCAGGGGAUUACGUUGACAGACAACCAGAGGAAGCUAUUCUUCAGAAGACAUUAUCCCCUCAACACUGUUACCUUCUGUGACUUGGACCCCCAAGAACGAAAGUGGACAAAAGCAGAGGGAGGUGUGCCUGCUAAGCUCUUCGGUUUUGUGGCCAGGAAGCAAGGCAGCACCACGGACAACGCCUGCCACCUUUUUGCCGAGCUAGAUCCCAACCAACCAGCUGCAGCCAUUGUCAACUUCGUUUCCAAGGUCAUGCUCAGCACUGGCCAGAAGAGAUGAGCCUGCCAGGGGCCAGGGCUGCUGGGCUUGGGGCACAUGGGGAAGGGGACCCUUGAAUCCAGAAGGAAGAGGUGGGGCCAAUUUUUGGAGAAGGAGAGAGGAAAGUGCCGUUUGGGAAGAGGGAAGUGAAUUCAGAGGAGGAAAGAAGACAAAAUGGUGGGAAGAACAACAUAGAGCCUGUUGGGAAAAUAGAAACUUAAAAAAGAAAAACCCAACACCCAAAAUAGUCACCUUACCAAGACCACGUGACCUCCUUUCUACCCCAUGGGAUUUUUCCAUGGGGUGAGGCAGGGCAUGGAGUGGCAAGUCCCUUGUGGGAUUUAUUUUUAAGACCAUGGUUAAAUAGGUCCUCAUCUCCCUAACUUAAUAACCAUGCAAGGAAAAUCUCAAGCUGAAAGAGUCCUCCUUUGGACACCUGUGUCCAUCAAACAAAACAGGGCCUAGGAGGGAAAUCCAAGACAACCAUUUUUUCCUUUAAAUAGGUAGCUCCUACCCCAAGGUGUAUACUAAGGUCUCUUUUGUUCUGCAAUGGCUAUGCAUAUGUAUAAGUACCUGCGUGUAUUAGAUAUAUAACUCCAAAUUCAGCUCUAUAGAUAAUAUACGCAUGAAGUUGGCCUUCUUCCCCAAAGCUGAUCUCUUCCAUUUCCUGGGGUCACUGUAAGAACAUGAAUAUAGCAAGGAGGGGGCCUGUCUCCUUACUCAGAAUCACCCUGGAUUGUGAAUGUCAGCUUAGGACCUCCUUUCAUCCCAGCCAGACACUUCUGGCAACACUUGGGUGGUUCCUCAUUCUCCUCUUCAGGCACACAAGAGCAGGAUGCAGAUGGCUGCCCCUUCUGAACACUGUACUGAGGAUCUCCCCAUGCAAGGCAGCAUCCUUGCUUUGUCAUGACCUUGAGGCUGGGGAACUUUGGUUUGGGGGGGGAGAUGUUUAAACUCACAACCUUCAGGAAGUUCUGGAGAGAGUGAGGGGAACUGGACAGGAAGAGAGGCAGGGGAUACUGAACCCUGACCCAUGGUCCCCUAGAUAUGUGGGGCAAGACAUAUCCCUCCCACUCUCCAUAGGACUCACUACUGCCCCUAACAUCUCCUCCUCCAAUCUUUGUGCCUUGUAUCCCUGAACUUGACCCUGAAUCUGGCUUCUUAGACUUGCUUACAAGAUGAUCACAGGGAUUUAGCCAUCCUGCCAUAUUGGAAACUAAGAAUCCUGUUGGACUCUUCUUCAGAAAGGUCUGUCCAAUUUUGCCUUCAGGAAGUCCAAGGGGGAAGACUCAGCCCUUGUCCUCCUCUCCACAAGUGCUUUAGGGGUGUUUGGCUUUCUGUGUCCCAUGCAGGCUCAGCCUUCCUGGAGAACAGAUUUCUGUCACCACUCUGGCCAGGGCAGACCACAUAGGCCUCAAGCUUGGUCCAAUCUCUGGGGCAGACAACCAACCUGCAUGCUCUCUGGGUAGACUACUUUACAAUGCCAAAGUCCCUCUUUCCCCCUACCUUGUCUCUCCAAAAGAACCAAGCCAUAUGGGGUAGAAGGCACGAGAACAAGCCUAGGAGCACAGGGUCCCUGCCAUGAAAGCCCCACACUUCUGAAAGAAACAAGAACUCAAUGCUUUGGUUCCCCAAGCCCACUUGGGUCCUAAGUGGGAGGCAUUGUACUGCUAUAUAAAUAUAUAUAAUAUAUACAUAAGAUAUACUGAUGGAAUACUGUAAGCAAA